GACACUCGCCCCAAGGAGACUUGCACGUGCAAGAGGACUUGCAGGAGUGAGUAUAUUACCAGCGGCUGCAAUUGCAUUGUGUCCAUGCUUGCAUUUCUGCAGCAGCCGAAAGCUGGCAAUACAAUCGAAGGUGCGAAGAGGAAACGGCUUCCAGGGAUUCCCGAAUCAGUUGGAUUAUGGCUUGUAUUUUUUUGGUUGCGGAGAUGAAUGUCAGAAGUACACCGACGGCGAAGACAAUGUGCAUUUUUCUCGAGACAAAGACACAUUGGUGUACGUCCAUGGCUGGGAGGUGGACAGAGUUGGCCAGCUUUACCGCGAAACGUUCAAUUGGAAAAAAAACGAGCCCAGAUAUGGCUUAGAUGUGGACUUGGCUCGCGCAUGGCUGGAGAACGGCUGGAAUGUUGCGGUCUUUUACUGGGACAUGUUUUCUGAUGAACCUUGGUUGCCGGAUGCUGAAGCCAAGAUUUGGACAGCCCGUGGUCGCAGGCGGAUGCGCUAUCGGCUUGCUUCGGGGACUUUUCAGGAAGCUGAUUCGCCAAGCCAUUCUGCAUCGUCACUGUUGGGAAAGAUUCUAUACUCGUUGGUGCAAGCCUCUCCGAAUAAACAGCUGCGGCUGGCGGGCCAUUCUCUGGGGGCACCUUUGGUCAUUGCUGGUGCCUCCAACAUGUUUGCACGGCAAGGGAUGCCACGUGGAGUCAGAAUUGCGCUGCUCGAUCCAUACUGGUCGCGCAGGGUGCAGGUGUUGAACCCGCAGGACUACUUAGCUUCAGCGGAGGCAGGAUCACAGAUCCGUGGCAAAGGAACGACUGCCAGCCUGAGCCUCUCCCUGGCAUUGAUGUUGGCACGAAAAGAAGCGCUGUUUGAGAUCUACUACUCGUGCCCGACCAUGACCCAGAUGCCGAUAGUGGCCGACAACAGCACGGCAGAAGAGCUGGUGCGGCGGGAGUUGGCCGCACUGGUGCAGUACGACGCAUCCUGCUGCGACCCUUGGGACUUGGAGGCGCAGCACCUGCUUGCUCCGAAUCUUUAUCUUUACAGUAUGCUACAUCCUCCACCAGGCUGUGGUGCACCUUCCGCGAGUGCAUCAAAUGAAGUCUUGGCAGUUGCAAGAGGCCAGCGCUGGCAAAGACCAGGAUUGGCUUUGACGUAA